AUGGCCCCAUGGAGCCGAGAGGCGGUGCUGAGUCUCUACCGGGCUCUGCUGCGCCAAGGCCGAGAGCUUCGCUACACUGAUCGAGACUUCUACCUUGCCUCCAUCCGCCGUGAGUUCCGGAAAAAUCAGAAGCUAGAGGAUCCUGAGGCCCGGGAGAGGCAGCUGGAAAAGGGCCUGGUAUUCCUCCACAGCAAACUGGGAGGGAUUAUUUAG